UGCCAGCCAAAUUCAGUCUCUUACGACCGCAGCAAGUGAAUUCUACACAUUUUCAGUAGCAGGAAGACAUUCGCUAACAGCAAUUGGCUUUGUUCGCUGCUAUUAACAACAAAACUUUCAACAACAAACAAACAAUUAAUUUCUCGUCUACGAAGUCCACACUUUUCCACACAGCAAGAUGUCACAGCCCGUCGUACAAAUGACAGCCGAGCAGCUGCAGUCACUGAUCGAAUCGGUGCGUUUGGCUGCCGUCGCAGGCGCCAGUGCCGCUGCACCAGCCGCUGUCCACAGCAAAGGCAGUUUCACCAACUGCACCAGCCGUUUUGGUGGCCAACGCGAUCACGAAGCCGUCGAGGAGUUCAUAACCUCCAUUGUGACCUACAAAGAAAUCGAGUCGAUCAGCGAUGAAGAUGCAUUGAAGGGGCUAUCUUUGUUGUUCUACGGACUGGCGUCCACUUGGUGGCAGGGCGUACGUAAAGAAGCGAAAACUUGGGGAGAUGCCAUUGCACUGAUCCGUGAUCACUUCUCACCCACCAAACCCGCCUACCAGAUUUAUCUCGAAAUCUUCGAGAAGAAACAAGAUGACCAUGUGCCCAUCGACACAUUUGUCUGCCAGAAGCGUGCACUGCUCGCACAACUGCCAGAGGGACGUCACGACGAGGAGACCGAAUUGGAUUUGGUUUAUGGUUUGCUGAACAUCAAGUACCGUAAGAACAUACUGCGUCAGGACCUUAAAACCUUCCGUGAAUUGCUGGAGAAGGGGCGUAUUAUCGAACACAAUAACUUGGAAUCGGAAGCGCAGCAAAACGGACCACUGCGUGGUUUGAAGCGCACCAAGCGUUGCACACACUGUAACUUCCGUGGUCACACGUUCGAGGAGUGUCGCAAGCGUAGAACUGCUACCGAAGCCAAUGAAUAAACGCAAACAACAUUCCACUUCAUCAGCUCCAAGCAUUAACCAGCCACAUUCACGUAUACAACAAAUCCAAUGACGACAACCUACGCACCACAAACACAACGGAUGAUGUCAUCACCCAGUGAAGUCUCAAUCCGAGCAGCUUACGUCGCCACCGAAUCACUGAAGCAAAACUUUCGCUCUCAUCAACGAAGUUAUGCAGCAGCGUCGAACUUUGGUCAAUUCGGUAUACAGCGGCAACAGCAGCAACAAUACAACUAAGUCUUAGUAUAAGUAUAAACAUAAAAACAAACACAUAAUUAUUGCGAUUUGAGUUGCUCACUGCUCUCUUCGAUUCUAUUGGACAUUCUGCGUUGGAGGGCAAAGUCUUCAUUAUACUUUUGUAUUUUGUUUGCUUUGUUCAAAGAUUGUUAUUGUAUUCAAUAGAGGAGAAGAAGGCAGUAGCCACUUAGAUUCGUCAAAAUCAUUCCACCGCACGCUGUGUACAACACGGCUCCACAUGGCUAAGAACGCCAUAAACACUCUUCAAUUAGUGAAGAACAAUCAAUUUGAAUUUGAAACAAACUCGGUUCUUCGGAACCACAAACCACCGAGUCACGCAUUGGAUCAGCUAUGCUUCAAUAAUAUUGGGCGCAGUUUGCUUCGCUUGGCAUUUCGGACAACAUUCGAGUUUCCUUCUACAAUCGAAAGCUGCAAUGGUCUCUUCUCUUGUUUUGUGAAAGUGCGGAAUUCGUGUGCGUGCUGUAACUACUGUGAUCUCCUCGGAAUCACAGUUGUUCCACAUGCAUUUACGAUUUCAGCUUUUGCAAACGAGUGACAUUGGCCAUUGCUUUUUCGAUUGAAGAAUGAAAUAUUUGUUUUGUUGUUUGCAUUGCUGAGUUCGUUGGCAGAUUGCGCCUUCUAUGAACAUGGCUGUGAGAAUGGGUGGCUCAAAACUCCGUUGCAUUUGUCUGCGGUUGAUGGAGCUGCAAUUGCCUUAGAGUGAGAGCUUAAUUGGAUCAUGUCUUUGUAUUUGUUGCAUAUGGUUUGGCUCAAACCGACUUCUGAUAGACACUUGGUUCGGCACCUCGGUGUUGUUCCAGGCGUCUAUCGGGUCGGCGUGUUUCAAUCCAUGGUUACAAAUGCACGUCUUUUUCUUUUGUGCGCUCACCAUGAAUUUGGCUUUUGAACUCUAUUAUCCGCUCUCAAAUGUGGCAAAAAAACCAACCGUUACACAUGGAAGUGCUGUCUGACAUUUUGUAUGCCGAAUUGAUAUGGUCGAGCUAUGUGAUGGACAUUGCAGUGUAGGCGGUCCCAGCUUUUGCCAAUCGCGUUUCGGUGUGUAUUCCUUCGGGUUUAUGCACUGGGGUGUGAGCGGUGACUGGUGGGUCCGAUGACACGGUUUUGCUCUCAUAUAGUUCACAUAUGGAUUCGGUUCGCAAGCGUGUUGACAGUAACUCCGUGUGCAACAAAAAUUAAAAUCGCUUGCGAUUUUAAAUAUAUAUAUAGAUAUAUUUUACACACUUUUAGUGUGAACCUGUUGAAUAAAUUGUACAACGAUGGCUAUGCGGUCGCCAUUCGUACAAUUGGCACGCCAAAUUGACGAUUUGCAUAACGAACUUGUUCGUACCACAUUGCAACGUCAAGCGUAUGGCUCGCCACUCAAAAUGCUUUCCUGCAUUUAAUUAAAUAAUACGGCUAGGAUCGGUCACUUAUUCACCUCCGGAAUGGGAUGAUGAUCUUAUCCUCUGCAGAAACCUCAUACGUUUCUCAUGUGACAUUGAUAUGCGCAGUGUUGAAUCGAACCAUCGAAUCGAGUGGUAACCACCAACCGACCAUUUGCCGAGAGCGCCGAACUUCGGAGGACCUGGCCCAUGAUUCGGUUUAAGUGGGGUUGGCGGUCUCACCAGUUAGUAUUUAGCAAAACCACUGCAAUAUUAACAUAAAAUGUCAAAUUCACAUGAGAUAUGCUAUCUGGUUUAUUAAAAUAUUUAUUAUAUAAAUAUUGUUCAUAAGUACCUACAUCUUUGUUAAUAUAACCAACAAACUUUGCCCGAAAAAAAGAAUUUCGCAAACAGAAAAAAUAAUUAACGGCAAACGUAAAAUAAAAUACAAUACAAGGAAAUACAAAACUUAAA